CUCUCCGUUUUCCUCUCCAAAAAUGGAAAAUCGAUUCAAACUACGAAUCUCUCGCAUGUUCCGAUCCUCAUUCGGAUCCUGCCGGAGCCGAAAAGUCUCCGACGUCGUCGAAAAACCCGUUUCCACACCUCCAACCCCCAACAGCGUCAAACUGUUCAACCCUUCGCCGUCACCGUCGCUGCCAAAGGCUCGACCUUUCCCUUCCAUUUGUAAACCCAAACGCCAUGAAUCAACCCAAAGCGCCAUUAAACAUGACUGUGUCAUGAUUACACAGAGAGAAACUAUCCCACGACGUAGAAUGUUCGUUCGUUCCACUCCUUUUGUUGUUUCGGGUUCGGGUUCGGGUUCAGCCCUUGCUUUUGAUGGCCAGAAAUGCCCUGCCGGUAGUAGUAACUCUUUAUCACCAUUGAAUCUUUUCUCCGAUUGUAAAGACUUUGGGUUCUACGAGAAGAAAAAAAGCAUCACGAGGAAGAAGAAGAAAAGGGUUCACCUCAAAAGCAAGAAUACGUCGACCGGUGCCACGUUUUUCAGCUCGUCUUCUCAAGGAAGUGCUAAUAGCCAUCACGGUGGCUGGUGGUGGCUUAGCAGUGAAGACGAAACCGAGACUCUUUUCUCCUCGAGAAACCUCUCGUCGGAUUCAACCGAAUCCUUCACCGGCCGGCAACAUUUCGACCAGAGAAGAUGUAGUAAUGCCCGUCGGAGAAAGGCCAAGAACCGGAGCUGCGACAUGGGGGUUUUACCAUUGGAAGGGGUCAAUAAUGAUAAUGACAACAACAAAAACAAAGUGAGAGAUAGCUUUGCUGUGGUGAAACAUUCCAGCGACCCGUACAAUGAUUUUAGGACAUCAAUGGUGGAGAUGAUAAUCGAGAGACAGAUGUUUGGAGCGGACGAUCUGAAACAGCUGUUGCAGUGCUUACUGUCGUUGAACUCUCAUCACCAUCAUAGGAUAAUCGUCAAGGCUUUUACAGAGAUUUGGAAGACAUUGUUCUGUAACUGGUCAUAG